AUGUCGACAAGCACACCAGCCAGUCAACCGAACCCCACACUUUAUAUCAACAAUCUAAAUGACCAAGUCAACAAGGACGAGCUGAAAACCCAGCUAUACGCGCUCUUCACGACCUACGGCAAAAUAAUCGAUGUAGUAGCGUCCAAAAGCAAGCGAAUGCGCGGCCAGGCUUUCCUUGUCUUUGCCGACCUUGCUGGCGCGACUACCGCAAUGCGUGCUUGUGAUGGGAUGUUGUUUUACGACAAACCUCUGCAUAUUGCCUAUGCAAAAUCCAAGUCAUAUGCGACUUCACGAAAAGAAGACCCAUCAUUUGUUCCCCCAACCUCUGUGAACGCGAGUGCAUUCUUACGCGACAAGAAGCGGCAACGAGAGGAGGCGGCAGAGGAGGAGCGGAAUGCUAAACGUGACAAGGCUGAUAACGACGAUGACGAAGAGAUGGAGAUCGAGGACGAUGAGGAUCAACAACAACAAAAUGCUGCUGCCUCGGGUGAAGUUCCUGUACCAUACCCAACAGCGCGUCUAUUAUGCACCAACCUUCCGCAAGAAGUCUCAGAUGGAGUGCUUUCUGUGCUAUUCCAGCAAUAUCAUGGUUUCAAGUCCACAAAAGUCGUGCCUACCGAGGUACCGAAUGUCAAAAAGGCGCAAGUCUUUUUCGACAGCCCACAACUCGCAGCAGUGGCCAAGGAGGGCUUACACGGCUUUACGUUGAAGAAAGACUGGUUAAUGGCCGUUCAAUACAUCUGA